AUGUCUGACCAAGACAUUCAUCCAAAUAAAUACGGCGAAUUGCGAAGUAUCAAUAAGCAUUACAUUGAUUCAUGCAAUGCACUGUAUCAGCUGAAAACUGAAAAAGAAGAAGAAUUAAACUCAAUUUACAAAAUGAUCAAAACAGAAUUGAUUGGUUCGAAGAAGCAUCUCGCUGUAAAUAUUAUAGCAGAUGUUUUAAAUAUUAUUCCGUAUAACAAUCGCUAUAAAAGGUCAUAUUUAUUUCUUGCUAAACUCAUAUAUGAUGAAUAUCAUAUAGAAGAAGUCAACAAUCUCAUGAAUAUUUCAAACUUCUUGUUUUACAAAGAAUAUGGAAUUCAAUUACACAAAUUCAAAGAUUUCGGAAAAAUUAACUCAGAAAAUCUCGAUAUUCAAACAGAAAAUACAAUUUACAGAACAAUUUUGUAUAACUUCAAAUAUAUUAAUAGAGUACCAUGCAAAUACUGUAAUGACUUCUCGUGUUUUUUAGAUAAUCUCUGUCAUAUCUUUGAUUUUUCUCAUGAUAUUGAAUAA